AUGCUGUCACGAUCACUGCGCGCCGUCUCGCGACGAGCUCUCUCUACUCCUCUCCGCCCAGCCAUCUCCGCGGCACCGCGACAGCUCGCACCGGCUGCUUCCAUCGGUGCGACUCGUGCAUACCACGAGAAGGUCCUCGACCACUACUCCAAGCCGCGCAAUGUCGGCUCAAUGAACAAGAAUGACCUCGAUGUUGGAACCGGCUUGGUUGGCGCACCCGCAUGUGGCGAUGUGAUGAAGCUCCAGAUCAGAGUCGACCCCAGCACCAAGACGAUCUCUGAUGUCAAGUUCAAGACCUUUGGCUGCGGUUCUGCCAUCGCCUCGUCCUCAUAUCUGACCGAGCUGGUACGGGGCAUGACUCUGGAGGAGGCUGGCAAGAUCAAGAACACCGAGAUCGCAAGGGAGCUUUGCCUACCGCCUGUGAAGCUCCACUGCUCUAUGCUUGCCGAGGAUGCCAUCAAGUCCGCAAUCUCCAACUUCUACUCCAAGAACCCCAAUGCAAAGCCUACCAACCUGGGAGGCACCGAGAUGAAGAUCCCGCAUGCUGAGCCCGCUGCUGCUGCCACUGCGGCCGCCGCUUGA